AUGUACAUCCACGCAAUUUUCAAAGAUCGUCUCGGCGCCUUGGUAAAACAUUAUGUGGACAAUGGUGUCACUCCCAGGUUGCAUGGCAAUAAGGGAAAGUUGCCAAAGCAUGCCCUCUCAGUUGAGGACAUUGAGCGUGUUGUGACUUUUAUUCAUAACUAUGCUGAGGAACAUGCAGUGCUACUCCCAGGGCGGAUUCCUGGGUACAAGAGGGAUGACCUGCAGCUCCUCCCAUCUUCAGUGAGCAAGGCCGAUAUCCAUAAGCUGUAUUCGAGAUCGUGUGAGGUGGCUGACAAUCGGGGAGUAAGUGAAUGCACCUUCAAUCGUCUCUGGCAGCAGUACGUUCCCACUGUCCUGCCAAUGAAACCAAUGUCGGAUCUUUGCUGGACAUGUCAUCAAAACAGUGCCCUUAUCCUCAAGGCAUCGAAGAGAGAGGUUGUUGACAAGACCGAUGCCCUGAAAAAAGCAGAGAAACAUCUUCUUCAAGCCACUACAGAACGGUCCUUCUACAACUCAGAAGUCCAGGGUUGUCGUGAUGUGCUUAAGGAACACAACAUCACUGAGCUGAGAAAACUUGGAAAUGCUGUACCAAACUGUGCUAAUGAUUUCAAGGUCCAUUACAGCUUCGACUUCGCACAACAGCUACAUUACCCCCAUGACCCGAUGCAGCCAGGGCCUAUCUUUUUCAAGACGCCUCGAAAGUGCGGUGUAUUCGGAAUGGUGACAGAAGGACUUCCACAAAUGGUGAUCUUUCUCUUGGAUGAAGCUACGAUUGUAAACAAAGGUGCGAACUGUGUCAUCAGCCUUCUGGAUUUCUUCUUUGACAAUUACGGGCUGAAGGAAGCAGAGCUUCAUUUGCAUGCAGACAACUGUUCGGGCCAAAACAAGAACAAUGCAAUGGUGCAAUAUCUUACUUGGAGGGUGAUCACGGGCCAACAUGAGAAAAUCACUCUCUCAUUCAUGCUGGCAGGACAUACAAAGUUUGCCCCCGAUUCAAUGUUUGGUCUAUUCAAGCGGAAGUACCGUAAAACAAAGGUGGAUUGCUUUAAUAACAUUGAAGAGGUUGUUCGUGCCGCAUCUCCCGCUGGUGUCCUCAUCCCCCAAAGCUGUGGCGAUGAGGCUGGGAGUGUAAUUGUUCCAAUGUACAAUUGGGACACCUACUUGUCUGAUUAUUUCAGGAAGCUCCCAUCAAUCAAGCCACUCCAUCACAUUGAGUGUAGGCGUGAUGGGAGUGUCAUUUGCAAGGAGAUGUCGGAGUCUCAACCAGUUACACACCGUAUUCUCAAAGUUGAUGCCACUGAUGUGCCUCACGCUAAAGCACCUGUUAUUAUUCCAGCUGGUCUCAGUGAUCAGCGCAAGGCAUACUUGCACAAGGAAAUUCGGGAAUUUGUGGCAGAAGAAUUCCAGGACUUGGUGUGCCCAGACCCAAAUAUUCUGCCUACUGUACCCGUACCCGAAGAGGAUAUGGAUGAAAACGAAAAUGUUGUUGCACCAGCUCCUGCUCGUGGAGUUGGAAGACCAAGGAAAACCCCAAGAGGGCGUGCAAAACGUGUGCGACUGAACUGA